AUGAAAUUCGCAAUCGUCUUAGUUGCCCUCUUCGCCGUUGCUUUGGCUCGCCCAAACAAGGAUGCCGAAACCGUCAGAUUCGAUGUUGACAACAUCGGUGUCGAUGGAUACAAAUACGGAUAUGAAACAUCCAACGGUAUCAAACACGAAGAAUCCGGAGUUGUUAACAACGUUGGUGCUGAAAAUGAAGCCAUCUCUGUCCGUGGAUCAUUCUCAUACGUUGCUGAUGAUGGCCAAACCUACACCGUCAACUACGUUGCUGACGAAAAUGGUUUCCAACCAGAAGCUGCCCACAUCCCAAAAGCCGAAUAAAUUGACGAUUGGAUAAAAAUGAAGUUUUGAACUGGCUUUAUAAUUGAAAAAAAGAGGAUUACGGAAUGAUUGAACGCAAAAUUUUUUGACUUCUUUGAGAGAAGUCAACUUUCCUACAAAUUGUAAAUUUUUUA